AUGACAGCACAGUCUGGUCUUGAGCCUUUCCCUCCGCUGAGCGUUUCUCACCACUUUGUGCGCAGGGAGAGCCAUAAGCAUGGAUCCCGCGACAGCCCACGGCGGCGGAAGUCGAGCGGCCUCGGGGGUGAACUACCAGGAGACAACGAUGUCGCCGCGUUUGCGACAAUGUCGCCGCCUAUGACGCCUCCACAGAUAUAUGUAUGCUCCCCUAUCUUCCUGCUGAUUUUCCAACCCAUCCUCCUACUCCUUGCUAAAUUCUUCUUCCAGCGACCCGCCUCCGAGAAGCCGGGUCGCCGCUCGAAACGGCGAACGAUCAAACGCGCAUUCUCAAGGUGGAAGCGGAUAUCGCUGCGACACACCUGGCUGACUCCGCUCAUCCUCUGCCUCAUCAUCGUGUCACUCUACCUCGUAAAUCCGGUACCGUCGAACCCCAUCUCUGCCGCCCUCUUCAUCUCGUACCCCCUCCCGCACACUCCGGGUUCCGACGGUCCUAUUCAAUAUGGCAAGGGUGCGCGUGAUUUUGCCUUUGUCGCCUUCUAUACCAUCUUCUUGUCCUUCACGCGCGAGUUUCUUAUGCAGCGCAUGAUUAGGCCGCUUGCAAUCUGGUGCGGGAUCAAGUCACGUGCGAAGCAAUCGAGAUUCAUGGAACAGUUCUACACGGCUGUAUACUUUAGCAUUUUCGGGCCAUAUGGCCUAUGGGUUAUGUCGCGGACGCCCAUCUGGUACUUCAACACGGCGGCCAUGUACCAAGACUUUCCGCAUCGGACACACGAAGCCGUGUUCAAGGCAUAUUACUUACUGCAGGCCAGUUAUUGGACGCAGCAGAUGAUUGUCUUGCUCCUCAUGCUUGAGAAACCCCGGAAGGACUUCAAAGAGCUUGUUGCACACCAUUUCAUCACUUUGGCCCUAAUUUGGUUGAGCUACAGGUUCCACUUUACCUACAUGGGCAUUGCGGUGUACAUUACGAUGGACAUAUCUGAUUUCUUCCUCGCGACAUCCAAGGUUCUCAAUUAUGUCGACUCUCCAAUCGUCGGGCCCUACUUCUUCUCGUUCAUGUUUAUCUGGGGCUACUUACGUCACUAUCUCAAUCUCAAAAUCCUCUGGUCUAUUCUCACAGAAUUCUCCACUGUUGGUCCUUUCGAACUCAAUUGGGAGACGCAGCAAUACAAGUGCUGGAUUUCACAAGUCAUCACCUUUUCUCUUCUCGCAGCCCUCCAGGCCGUCAACUUGUUCUGGUUUUUCCUAAUUUGCAGGAUCGCAUACCGAUUUGUUGCCAGCUGGGGUGAGGAAAUAGAAGACGAGAGAAGCGAGUACGAAGAAAGCGAUGAGGAGGUUGAGGAUAAGAAUAGGGAGGACAGGAAUGAGAAUGAGAAGCCUAAGAUGAAUGGCUUCACCAAUGGUUCCGCAAACGGCAAACUUGCUAACGGCUCCGCUAACGGCAAACUUGCUAACGGCCUCAACAGUGCACCCAAAGUCGCGGUGAAUAGUGUUGUACCCUCGAGCCCAUCUGGUUCCGCUGUCACAGAACCAGUAAGGAUCAGCUCACGCAUCAAGCAGCGAAAGAAGAACCAGAAAUGA